AUGUCAUCAUCAAAAGCAUGGAGCAAAGAAGAAGAUAAGGCAUUCGAGAAUGCCAUUGCCAACCACUGGACUCACGAUUCCAAAGAACAAUGGGAUACAAUUGCUUCACUUAUCCCCACCAAAACCAUUCCCGAGUUGAAACAACACUACCGAUUACUCGUUGAAGAUGUUGAUGACAUUGAAGCCGGAGUGAUUCCAAUUCCGAAGUACCUCGGAGAGGAAUCCUCUUCCUCUUCCACCAAGGAAAACAACCACCACGGGUCGACUUCCAAUCGUCGUUCCUCUUGCAAUUACACCAACGGGUUUUCCGGGUUCGGUCAUGAUUCCAAUUCCGCCGGACAAAGCAGCGGAAAAGCAAAUUCCAGGGCAGAACAAGAACGUCGGAAAGGAAUUCCAUGGACCGAAGAAGAGCAUAGGUUAUUUUUAUUGGGAUUGGACAAAUUUGGGAAAGGAGAUUGGAGAAGUAUUUCAAGAAACUAUGUGAUAUCAAGAACACCAACACAAGUAGCAAGUCAUGCACAAAAAUACUUCAUAAGACUAAACUCCAUGAAUAGAGACAGAAGGCGAACGAGUAUUCACGACAUCACAAGUGUCAACAAUGGUGACGUGUCAUCAUCGCAUCAAAUCCCAAUCACAGGAAGCACCAACCCGUCUAGCGGCCCAACCGUCGGAGCACCCAUGAAACAUAGACCGCACCACCCGGUGCCGCCAGGGAUGGGGAUGUAUGGUGCACCGAUGGGCCACCCUGUCGCCGCCGCUCCCGGCCAUAUGCCGUCGGCAGUUGGAACUCCGGUGAUGAUGCCGCACAGCCACCACCACCACCCGCCGUAUGUUAUGCCGGUUGCGUACCCCAUGGCUCCACCUCCGGCUAUGCAUCAAUAGGAUUGAAAUCUGGCGAGUUUUUUUUUCUUCUUUUUUCUUUUUUUUUCUUGAAUUUUGAAUUUGAUGGAAUAACUCUUCCUAGUCAUAGUGCUAGAAUUUGACAAAAAAGUAGGACCACAGCAACUUUUUUCAAUGAUGAAUUUCUCUGUUGGUUUAAAGAAUUUUCACCAACUGUUUGUACAUUUUUUUUUCUCUUGAAGAAUAAUGCAAUGAUGAGUUGUACGUCA